AUGUCGCCGACGGGAGCCCACCCGUCGUCCUCCUCUUACGUGAGCGGCAGUGCCAACUCGCACAGCUACCUGGGCACCGCUUCGGAGUCACACCACCACUACCGUCCUCCCACCGCGCUGUCGAUCAACUCGGGCAUGUCGACGCAACACUACGCUCCCACGAGCAGCGGCCUCCCCUACCCGGUCUCGAACCCGCUCCCCUCGCCCGGCUUCAUGUACAGCCCUUCCUCCGCCUCCUCGUCGGUUCCAGGAUAUGACGCCUACCCAUCUUCCUCCUCGGGUUUCCCUACGCAGCACUCGCAGUACGUGUCCUACCUUCCGCCCGCGAUGGGCGCCGACUCGCGCGGUUUCUAUCCGCUCAACCCGUUCGAGAUCAAACACCGCCGACGCACCACCAAGACGCAGUUCCGCGUGCUCGAGUCGACCUUUCGCGAGAUUCCCAAGCCCAACGCGGCGCUGCGCAAGCAGAUCAGUGCGCAGCUGGAUAUGCCUGUGCGCGCGGUGCAGAUCUGGUUCCAGAACCGAAGGGCUAAAGCGAAGGCUGUGGAGAAGAAGCGUCCUGCGCAAGGGCAAGGGGAGGAGAGGCAGAGAGGUCAGGAGAGAUACGAGGAAGCACGGGGGACGGGUCGAUCGAUGGACCUGCCCCCACUGCGUAUUCCGAACGAUGCAGUAAGCAGGCAGGAGAGCUACGCCUCGGGGUCCUCGAAUGUCACCCUCCCCUCCCUCGCCGGCUCUGGAUCCGCGACGCUGCGCGAAAGAAGAGCCAUGGCAGGCGCCUCGGUCACCAACCCGGCUUACGCGGAGUAUGCGGACCGCACCAGCGCGCUCGAGGAAAGCACCCUCAGCGCUGGCAUGCCCGAUCGAAAUCGUGCAGCAUACCAACGUGAUCCGCGCGGUUUCGACGAACGAUAUCGAUCCUCCUCAUAG